CUUUCAAAAUGUGACUGGAGAGAUAAGUCAAAAAACUUCAGGAAUUCGACCCAUGUUUGGAUUGGGUAAGCAUGAAUGUCCGACGGGGACUGUUCCUAUAUUGAGAACAACAAAAGAUGAUCUUAUUAGAGAAAAAUCAUUACUCAAUGAUCAUAUAUUGCUUCAAGAUCUUCCUGGUGUUCAUGUCGCAGAAGUGUCUGUUAAACCAAAUUAUGGUCCUUAUUAUGGAGUUGGAGGUUUAAAUAGUAUUUUUAAUCCACGAGUUGAUACCAAUCUUCAAAUCUCUAUGUCUCAUUUAUGGGUUCAAAAUGGUCCCAUAGAAUCCACUAACAAAAUCUCAUUAGGAUGGCAUGUGAGUCCACAACUAUACAAUGAUCAUGCAACCCAUUUUUAUAUCUCAUGGACGUCAGACAACUACAAAAAGACAGGAUGCUACAAUAUUCGAUGUGCAGGUUUUGUUCAAACUAGCAAAGAAAUAUUCAUCGGUCGAGCCAUAGGUACUAUCUCUCAAUAUGGAGGACGGCUUUGUGUGCUUGCCUUUUCCAUUACUCAGGAUCCUGUAACCAAAAAUUGGUGGAUAAGUAUAGACAAUAAGCCCAUUGGAUAUUUUCCAGCAAAAUUGUUCUCAAACAUGAGCUCAGCUAAUGAAGUAGGUUGGGGUGGAAGAACAAGAACUCAUCCUGGUACUCAAAGUCCUCAAAUGGGGUCUGGCCAUUUUCCUCAUGAUGAUAAUCCUACGCACGCUUGUUACUAUAAACAAAUUUCGAUUCAAGAUAAUGAAAGAAAAACUCAUGGAGUUAAAGUAUAUGAAGCUAAUUCCUUCACCGACAAACCCAAUUGUUAUGAUGUUAGAUAUUAUGGAUAUAAAGGACCUCACUUUGGUGACAUUCUCAUGUUUGGAGGGCCAGGUGGUAAUUGUGGAAAUUAA